AUGGGUUACAUGUGUGACUUCUGUGGUGAGCAAAGAUCAAUGGUGUAUUGUCGGUCUGAUGCAGCGUCUUUGUGCCUCUCGUGUGACCGUAAUGUUCAUUCUGCUAACGCUUUAUCCAAACGUCAUUCUCGGACUUUGAUAUGUGAGCGGUGCAAUGCGCAGCCAGCGUCUGUCCGGUGCAGCGAAGAGAAGGUUUCUCUCUGUCAAAACUGCGAUUGGUCAGGCCACAACGGAGCUACUUCGCAUCAUAAAAGACAAACCAUCAACUGCUACUCUGGUUGCCCUUCGAGUGACGAGCUUGCCUCCAUAUGGUCUUUCUGUAUGGAUUUGGAUUUCUCUUCUGCUGGACAAUCUGCUUGUGAGCAAGGAAUGGGUUUGAUGACUAUAGAUGAGGACACAGGAGAAAAACCAGCCGUUGAAAAUGAUCAGCCUGGAACCAGUUCUGCUGCACAAGGUAUGGAUCGCUCUAGUGUUCCAGAAAAUUCCACAAUGGAUAAGGAGCUUGGAGUAUCCGAAGAUGACUUUUGUGGCAAUCUCAUUAUGGAUGAAGUGGACUUGACUUUUGAGAAGUACGAAGAACUCUUUGGUACAGCAUACAACUCUUCAAAAGAUCUCUUUGAACACGGUGGAAUCGGAAGUCUUUUCGAGAAACAUGAGGGUUCAAUAAACGCAAUGCAGCAGCCAGCCGUAAGCAAUGCUGCAUCUGGAGAUUCGUUCAUGAGCUGUAGAACGGAGCCAAUCAUUUGCUUCUCAUCACAGCCAUCUCAUUCGAAUAUAUCCUUCUCUGGUGUCAUUGGAGAAAGUAAUACUGGAGAUUUCCAAGAUUGUGGGGCGUCUUCGAUGAAGCAGCUCUCAAGAGAGCCACCACCAUGGUUCCCUCCAACAUCACAGGAGAUUAGCGCUUCCUCACAUGCAACAACACGUAACAACGCUGUUAUGCGUUACAAAGAGAAGAAGAAGGCUCGCAAGUUUGACAAGCGAGUGAGGUAUGUAUCGAGGAAAGAAAGGGCUGAUGUGAGACGGCGUGUGAAGGGAAGGUUCGUCAAGUCGGGUGAGGCUUAUGAUUACGACCCGCUAAGCCCAGCAAGAAGCUACUGA